CCAACAUCAAGGAUGAGUAAAGGCCGUCCAGACCUGCGGAUGGAGAUGCCAGAUGAAUUCUACGUCCCCAUCCCCUUGGAGACAACUAACAUAAGCUCUCUUAGUCCUUUCCUGGUACCCCAAACUCAUCUGGGGACCCCUGGCAUAUUCAUGAGCAUAUCAGCCUUUAUGUUAUUCACAAUUAUUUUUGGGUUUCCCCUCAACCUCCUAACUAUCAUCUGUACUGUCAAGUACAAAAAGUUGCGUUCCCACCUCAACUACAUCCUGGUAAAUCUGGCUGUUGCCAACCUCAUAGUUAUCUGCUUUGGCUCCACCACUGCCUUCUACAGCUUCUCUCAGAUGUACUUCUCUUUGGGUACUUUGGCAUGCAAAAUAGAAGGUUUUACCGCCACAUUGGGAGGAAUAAUAGGCCUUUGGUCCUUGGCAGUGGUGGCUUUUGAGAGGUUUCUGGUGAUCUGUAAACCAAUGGGAAACUUUACAUUCAGGGAAAGCCAUGCGGUCCUAGGCUGUAUACUCACCUGGGUAAUUGGUCUUGUGGCGGCAAUCCCCCCAUUGCUAGGAUGGAGCAGGUACAUCCCAGAAGGCCUUCAGUGCUCAUGUGGACCAGACUGGUACACUGUGAACAACAAGUGGAAUAACGAAUCAUAUGUUCUUUUCCUCUUCUGCUUCUGCUUUGGAUUCCCUCUUGCAAUCAUUGUGUUUUCCUAUGGACGCCUGUUGCUCGCCCUUCAUGCCGUUGCUAAGCAGCAGGAGCAGUCGGCAACUACUCAGAAAGCAGAGCGCGAGGUUACCAGGAUGGUGAUUGUUAUGGUUGUUGGCUUCCUGGUUUGCUGGCUUCCCUACGCUUCUUUUGCUUUGUGGGCAGUGACCCAUCGAGGGGAGUUGUUUGACCUACGAAUGUCCUCUGUCCCUUCUGUAUUUUCAAAGGCCUCAACUGUGUACAAUCCAUUUAUCUAUAUAUUUAUGAACAGACAGUUCCGCUCUUGCAUGAUGAAGAUGAUUUUCUGUGGCAAGAAUCCUUUGGGAGAUGAUGAAGAAACGUCUGUCUCUGGGUCUACUCAGGUAUCAUCAGUAUCCAGCAGCCAGAUUGCCCCAUCAUAACACCGGACAUACCAAGGUUUUGUGUUCUCGGAAA